AUGCGCUGUGGUGCUAGUGGACUUCGAAGAACAGCCGAUGGUAAAGACUGCGGUCGACUUCAGGACGCUCUUCUUCUUUGUUGGUGUCAUGCCUACGAAGAGCGUACCGAAUACUCCAGGGACGUCAGCAGCGACAAGGUCGACCCUGAGGGUGAAGUCGUCGGGCCAUUUCGAAUGCCUCAUCCGAUCACGUACUACGCCAAUGGCAACGCCGGAAUGUCCACAAACCCGCCGAACGCCCUGGCUGCCGCUGACAGCCACAUCAACUUCAGGCCGUACGACAACGACGGUAACGGCUUUUUGGAUGCGUUCAUAGUGGUUCACGCCGGACGUGGAGCCGAACAGACCGGCGAUCGUGUGAGAAACCUCUGGUCACUCAAGUGGGUGCUUCCACAGGACACCGUUGCGGAUGGCGUCAAGGUGUGUGCCUUCCUCACUGUCCCGGAAGACGUCAAGAUCGGAGUCUGCGCGCAUGAGCUCGGGAAUCUGGUCUUCGGCUGGCCGGAUCUAUACGGCACGGACGGCUCCUCUCGCGGCAUCGACAGAUGGUGUCUCAUGGCCGGCGGAUCGUGGGGGGCAGGGGAACCCAGACUCGCCAUCCAUCGGCAUGGUGCAAAGCCAACCGGGGUUGGGCUUGCGUCCACAAUGAGACAACGAACCGUGUUUGUUCUGAGAGAUGUGAAGAAGAUUAACGAAGUGCAUAGGUUGUGGACGAAUGGCGGGGCAAGCAAGGGGUAUUUCCUCCUCAAGAAUCGGCAGCUGGAGGGGUCCGACGCAUCUUUGCCUGGAGAAGUCUGGCAUAUCAACGACAACAUAGCAAACAACAGUAACGAACCCUUGUACAAGGCUGGACUGGAGCAGGCGGAUGGACUUCGCCAACUCGAGAUGAACAGCGCGGGCAGCGGCGAUCCAGGGGACCCGUUUUCUGGCAGCACUAACAACAGAAACUUUACCGCGGCGACAAAACCCAACAGCCGGGCCCACGACGGACAUGACACCAAGGUGCGUGUAACCAACAUUACGGCGCUUCCGAAUGACGAUAUGCGAAUGAACAUUCGAGUCACGUGA